UCUCCUCAGUUUUUCCAUCUAUGAAGCAACUAGAAUUAUGGUCUUUUGAGGAAUGGAGCUGAGAAUGCUGAAACUCUUGCGAAACUCUAAAACUAUCAGAGAAUUGAAGCAAACACAUCUUCAGGUUCUCAUGAAUGGCCUCCAUGGUAGCGAUUUUUUACUGCCUAAGCUUAUUGCACUUGCCUCCGAACUUGUUUCGCUUGAUUACGCGGUUAGGAUAUUUCAGUAUUCUGAGUAUCCAAAUGUAGUUUCCUGUAAUACCUUGAUCAAAUGCUUUAUUGGAAAGACCCAUAAGGCCGCGUUGCGUGUUUACGAUCAAAUGAAGGUGUUGACCAUUGCACCGAAUAGUUUUACCUUUACUUUUCUUCUGAGGUGUUUUGAACCGUUUGAAGCUCUAGAAGAUGGUAGAGUGGUUCAUGGUGAUAUUGUGAAGCUAGGAUUCGGUUCAAGUGUUUUUGUCCAGAAUACCCUUUUGGAUUUCUACGCUAAAUGUGGCCGGAAUUUGGAUUGGGCUAGUCGGGUGUUUGGAGAAAUGCCUACAAGAGAUGUUGUUUCAUGGAAUUCAAUGAUUGGUGCGUACUUGGCACAUGGGAAAGUAGAAUCUGCUAUUGCGUUGUUUGAUUCAAUGCCUGAGAGGAACGUUGUGUCAUGGAAUUCUGUUGUUUCGGGGCUUUCUAAGUCUGGAAUUAUGGAGUUGGCUCGCUCUGUCUUUGAUAGAAUGCCAGAAAAAAAUGAGGUUUCCUGGAAUUCCAUGAUUUCUGGCUAUGUACGGCUGGGUGAUGUUGAGUCUGCACAGUAUAUUUUUGAUCAGAUGUCAAAGAGAACAGUAGUUUCUUGGACAGUUAUGAUCUCAGGAUACACUAUGAUUGGAGAUCUUGAAUCUGCAAGGAACAUUUUUCAUCGGAUGCCAGUUAAGAACACCGUCUCUUGGAAUGCUAUGAUUGCUGGUUAUGUUCAUAACCAUGAGUUUGUUCAAGCUCUUUAUGUGUUUCAUCAGAUGUUAAUUGAUGGCAAGUGCAGGCCUGAUCAGACAACUUUGGUCAGCAUUCUCUCUGCCUGUUCUCACUUGGGAUCUCUAGAACAUGGGAGAUGGAUUGAUUCUUAUAUUAAGAUAAACAAGUUCGACAUGACUAUUCCUUUAGGCAAUGCUUUAAUAGACUUCUUUGCAAAAUGUGGAGAUGUGGAAAAUGCAAAAGCAGUUUUUGAUAAGAUGGCUAAAAGAUGUGUAAUUACAUGGACGACAAUGAUUUUAGGUCUAGCUAUUAAUGGUCAUUGUAAAGAAGCUCUAGCACUCUUCAAUAGGAUGCAUGUCGAAGGAGUUCAGCCAGAUGAUGUCAUUUUCAUCGCUGUUCUAUCAGCCUGCACUCAUGGAGGGUUGGUAGAAGAAGGUAAAAGAGUAUUUGGCCAGAUGGUGCGGGAGUUUGAUAUUGUACCCCGAAUUGAGCAUUAUGGUUGCAUGGUUGACCUUCUGGGUCGGGCAGGGAGGUUGGAAGAAGCGGAAGAAUUCAUUGAAGGCAUGCAUUUAAAGCCAAAUGCUGUCAUUUGGGCCACUCUACUAGGUUCUUGUAAGAUUCAUGGAAAAGGGGAUAUAUUAAAAUCUGUGACGAGAAAGAUUAUGGAGCUGGAACCUUCAAAUCCUAGCUAUUUGGCACUUAUUUCCAAUAUGAGCGCCUCAAUUGGACGGUGGAAAGAUACUUUGAUAUCUCGGGUUGCAAUGAGACGGCAAGGUGUGGAAAAAGUUCCUGGUUGUAGCUCAAUUCAAGUAGGGGAUAAGGUCCAUGAGUUUCUAGCCAAAGAUACGAGUCAUGAGCAAAGAAAGGACAUUUAUGGGGUUUUAUAUUUUUUAAAUGGACACUUGAAAGCAGUGUCUGAUGAAUUAUGAUUCGUGGGAAAAUCCCAUGGUUCAUGGCACCAAAAACAGUCGUUUCCCGGUGGAUGGCUUAGGAAGAAUGAACAAUGAGAAAGUCGAGUAUCUUGGAAGAGUUUUUACUUUUGUAUCGGAGAAAAAUUUACUUUAAAAUUUGGAUCGUGAUCGCUUCCAAGAAAACCUCAUCUUUCAUGAACCAGAAAAUGAGAAGGUAAUUGAGGUUUUAGUUGCACAAAAUUUGGGAAAAAACACCAAAUUAAAUUUCCUCUGUCUCGUAGAAUUAAGCAACAGAAAACUGUGGGCAGGCAUGACUCGUAAAAUCAAUGCUGGAACAUCUACUGCUGAAAAGGUGACAAUUUGGCAAGGGGAAGAGCUAUUGCCAGGGGAAUUAUGGCUGUUGAGACUAUCUUUCGUGAAAUGAGACAGUAAAGUUGUGGCUGCUUGGUGGCCAUUCUCAUCAGCAGAGUCAGAGAUGCGGGACAAGAAGAAGAAUUGGAACCUCACAAAAGCAUUUGAACUAUAAGGUUCUGAUGAUGUAGAAUCUUUGUUUUGUCAUGUUCAAUAGAAUUAAAAGGAUGGUAAUAUUGAAACUCACAAAGCUGUGAAUUUAUGGAUGGCAAUCAAACUUAUAAUGGUCUAGAUGACUUAAUUUCACCGGCUCUUAUGAUUAGAACUCGAAACCUUUUAACA